AUGAGCCCCUGUACACCCGUGCAGCCCUGGGAGCGCUCCUCUGUCCCCAGGGCUGCCACGCGGACUCUGGUGUCAUCUGAAUCCUUCCAGGAGAAUGCCAGGCUUUUCUUCUACGUGCCUCUGCACGAGUUUGGCCAGCAGGCCGGCACUGCCCGCGGCCAGGGGUCCCCGGAUGGAGGCAUGCGCGAGGUGGGCGACUGCGGAGAGUGCCCCCUGCGCCCUCGGGGAUUGCCUCGUUCCCACCUGCCCACCGCGGCUCCGCCCCUGUGCGCCCCGGCAUCCUCUGCGGGCGGGGCGCCCCCGGUGUCAUCCCAGCCGCCCCUGCGCGCCCCGGCGUCCCGCACGCGCUCUGCGCGCGCCCCCGGCGUUCUCUGUGCUCCCGCGCGCCCCCGGUGUCCCGGGGCCCCGCGUCGUCCCAGCAGCCCCCGCGCGCCCCGGGAUCAGCGCACCCUGCGCGUCCUGGGCUCGGCCCCCCGUGCGCCCCUGGUCCCGCGCCCUGCGCGCCCCGGGCAUCAGCCCCCGGGUCCCGGGCUCGGCCCCCCGCGCUCCCCAGGGAUCAGCCCACCGUGCACCCUGUGCGUCCAGGGCCCGGCCCCCCUCGCGCCCCGGGUCCCGCGCCCUCCGCGCCCCGGAGAUCAGCACACCGUGCACUCCCGCUGGGCUUGUCCCGCGCCCUGCGUGUCCCGGGAGCAUUCUACUCGGUCCCCCCGGAAUCCCGCGCGCCCCGGCAGCCCCAGGAGUGUCCCGCCGGGGUGUCCGGCGGAGCGGACACUGCGGGCACGAGGCCGGCACGUGCGUGUUCGCGCCUGGGCAUCACUAGCUUCUGCCCUUCGCGGGGACGUCCGGUCAUUACUGCAUCACGUGGAUGACUACCUGCCCUUGGACUUGCCCCGUAUGGACAAGGUGCAGUGGGAACUUCCCGUCCGCGCAGACCAGGCCGCUCAGUGUGCGCCCUCUCAGUUCGCCAGUUUAGACAGCAUUUUCUCACAAGCACAGGUGUGCUGCAGGUCGGGGGAGAGCUGUGAACACCAGCGUUCCUGGGCCCGCAAGGUGCCCCUGUGGCAAUGCGAGGACCCCCACCAGAACCAGCCUGUCCGCCGGGAAGAAGAGCAGCCAGAGGGCCCUUUCGAAGCGCGUGCCGAGACCGAGGGCCCCUUCGCACGUGCCGAGACCGAGGGCCCCUUCGAAGCACGUACCAAGACGGCGUCUCAGACUUCGGGCAUUUUAGGGGCGGAAGGACUUCAUAGACCUCACCCUCCCAUUUACUUUCUUUUCAUUCUCUUUAUUCCUGUAGGGAAUUUGAAGUACUGCCUUCUGAUUCUCAAUCAGCCCUUGCACAAGUGUUUUCGCCAUCUCUGGAGCAAAGCUGUUUUAAAAGCCUGUGCUGAUGGAGGUGCCAACCGCUUGUAUGACGUCACCCAGGGCCAGCGGGAGAGCUUUCUACCAGAAUUCAUCAACGGGGAUUUUGACUCCAUCAGACCUGAAGUCAAAGCCUUCUAUGCCGCCCAGGGCUGUGAGCUCAUUUCAACCCCUGACCAAGACCACACCGACUUCACCAAAGGCCUUCAGGUGCUGCAGAGGCGGGUCGAGGAGCGGGGCCUGCAGGUGGACGUCAUUGUGGUCCUAGGCGGGCUGGCGGGGCGCUUCGACCAGACCAUGGCGUCCCUGAACACCCUGUUCCAGGCUGCCAGCAUCACCCCGGUGCCCAUCAUCAUCCUCCAGGAGGAGUCCCUGGUCCACCUGCUCUGGCCGGGCAAGCACAGGCUGCUGGUGGACACCGGGCUGGAGGGGGACUGGUGUGGCCUCAUCCCUGUGGGGGAGCCGUGCAGGCAUGUGACCACGACGGGCCUCAAGUGGAACCUCACAAAUGACCCGCUUGGUUUUGGAACCCUGGUCAGCACCUCCAACACCUACGACGGGUCUGGCGUGGUGACUGUGGACACGGACCGGCCGCUCCUCUGGACCAUGGGCAUCAAACACUAG